AUCUCGUCGCGUCAUCCACACUCCGCCGCACACGCGCUGCUCGCAGCUCGCAGGGAUAUGGUCGCCGCCGCCGCCAUGGCCACCGCUGCAUCGGCGGCCGCGCCGCUACUCAACGGGACCCGAAGGCCUGCGAGGCUCCGCCGUCGCGGACUCCGCGUGCGCUGCGCCGCUGUGGCGGGCGGCGCGGCCGAGGCACCGGCCUCCACCGGCGCGCGGCUGUCCGCGGACUGCGUCGUGGUGGGCGGCGGGAUCAGUGGCCUCUGCACCGCGCAGGCGCUGGCCACGCGGCACGGCGUCGGGGAGGUGCUUGUCACGGAGGCCCGCGCCCGACCCGGCGGCAACAUCACCACCGUCGAGCGCCCCGAGGAAGGGUACCUCUGGGAGGAGGGUCCCAACAGCUUCCAGCCAUCCGACCCCGUUCUCUCCAUGGCCGUGGACAGCGGGCUGAAGGAUGACCUGGUUUUUGGGGAUCCCAACGCGCCGCGGUUCGUGCUGUGGGAGGGGAAGCUGAGGCCCGUGCCAUCCAAGCCCGCCGACCUCCCGUUCUUCGAUCUCAUGAGCAUCCCUGGCAAGCUCAGGGCCGGUCUCGGCGCGCUUGGCAUCCGCCCGCCUCCUCCAGGCCGCGAGGAGUCAGUGGAGGAGUUUGUGCGCCGCAACCUCGGUGCUGAGGUCUUUGAGCGCCUAAUUGAGCCUUUCUGCUCAGGUGUCUAUGCUGGUGAUCCUUCCAAGCUCAGUAUGAAGGCUGCAUUUGGGAAGGUGUGGCGGUUAGAAGAAGCUGGAGGUAGUAUUAUUGGUGGAACCAUCAAGACGAUUCAGGAGAGAGGCAAGAAUCCAAAACCACCGAGGGAUCCCCGCCUUCCGAAGCCAAAAGGGCAGACAGUUGCAUCUUUCAGGAAGGGUCUUGCCAUGCUUCCAAAUGCCAUCACAUCCAGCUUGGGUAGUAAAGUCAAACUAUCAUGGAAACUCACGAGCAUUACAAAAUCAGAUGGCAAGGGGUAUGUUUUGGAGUAUGAAACACCAGAAGGGGUUGUUUUGGUGCAGGCUAAAAGUGUUAUCAUGACCAUUCCAUCAUAUGUUGCUAGCGACAUUUUGCGUCCACUUUCAGGUGAUGCUGCAGAUGCUCUAUCAAGAUUCUAUUAUCCACCAGUUGCUGCUGUAACGGUUUCGUAUCCAAAGGAAGCAAUUAGAAAAGAAUGCUUAAUUGAUGGGGAACUCCAGGGUUUUGGCCAGUUGCAUCCACGUAGUCAAGGAGUUGAGACAUUAGGAACAAUAUACAGCUCAUCACUCUUUCCAAAUCGUGCUCCUGCUGGUAGGGUGUUACUUCUAAACUACAUAGGAGGUGCUACAAACACAGGAAUUGUUUCCAAGACUGAAAGUGAGCUGGUAGAAGCAGUUGACCGUGACCUCCGAAAAAUGCUUAUAAAUUCUACAGCAGUGGACCCUUUAGUCCUUGGUGUCCGAGUUUGGCCACAAGCCAUACCUCAGUUCCUGGUAGGACAUCUUGAUCUUCUGGAGGUCGCAAAAUCUGCCCUGGACCAAGGUGGCUAUGAUGGGCUGUUCCUAGGAGGGAACUAUGUUGCAGGAGUUGCCCUGGGCAGAUGCAUUGAGGGCGCAUAUGAGAGUGCCGCACAAAUAUAUGACUUCUUGACCAAGUAUGCCUACAAGUGAUGGAAGAAGUGGAGCGCUGCUUGUUAAUUGUUAUGUUGCAUAGAUGAGGUGAGACCAGGAGUAGUAAAAGGCAUUACGAGUAUUUUUCAUUCUUAUUUUGUAAAUUGCACUUCUGUUUUUUUUUCCUGUCAGUAAUUAGUUAGAUUUUAGUUCUGUAGGAGAUUGUUGUGUUCACUGCCCUGCAAAAGAAUUUUUAUUUUGCAUUCGUUUAUGAGAGCUGUGCAGACUUAUGUAACGUUUUACUGUAAGUAUCAACAAAAUCAGAUACUAUUCUGCAAGAGCUAACAGAAUGUGCAACUGAGAUUGCCUUGGAUGAUUAUCUUGCUUCUGCGUGAAUAAAAAACUUUGUGAGUA